GCGUGCUUCGUUCCUACCCAAUUCGGUUCCCACCCACUUCGACGGAGUUUUAAAAAAGUAAACACGUCCGUGGAAUGACACAUAAUUGAAAAGCAGCUCUUUAAAAAUAUGAAGGAAGACAAGGAAAACACCCGACCCAGGGAGAGGAGGGUGGAAAUAAUGUGCGAGGAUUCGGAUAGGACGGAGAAGUCGAAGGAAAAGAAAGAGACCAUGACAAAGAUUGUGAUCAGAAGGCUGCCACCAAGUCUUACUAAGGAGGAGCUGGAGGAGCAACUGCAGCCUCUUCCCGAAGUGGACUACCUCGAGUUCUUCUCCAAUGACACAAGCCUGUAUCCUCACCUCUUUGCGAGGGCCUACAUCAACUUCAAGAACCAAGAGGAUAUUGUCCUGUUCAGGGAUCGCUUCGACGGCUAUGUGUUCAUUGACAACAGAGGACAGGAGUACCCUGCCAUUGUGGAGUUUGCACCUUUUCAAAAGACAUCCAAGAAAAGAAGCAAGAAAAAGGAUACCAAGUGUGGGACCAUUAGUGACGAUCCUGAUUACAAGAAGUUUUUGGAGUAUUACACUGGAGACAAUGAGAAGUUGACAUCCACACCUGAGACUCUGCUGGAAGAGAUUGAAGCCAGGUCGAAGGAGCUAGUAGCUAAAAAAACAACUCCUCUGCUGGAUUUUCUGAAGAAUAAACAGAGAAUCAGGGAGGAGAAGAAAGAGGAGAGAAGGCGGCGGGAGCUGGAACGAAAGCGCCUUCGUGACGAGGAACGCCGCAAGUGGCGCGAGGAGGAGCGACGUAAGCGCAAAGGAGCUGAGAAGAUGAGGAAACUGGACAAAAUGCCAGAGAAUGAGAAGGACCAAAUCAAAGAUGAGCCAAAAAUAAAACUGCUGAAGAAGCCAGACAGAGGAGAAGAUCCUGACUCUGACAAAAUUAAGGAGAAGUUAAAAAAAACUGAGAGGCCUGGCAAAGAGGAAACCAGAAUCUCUGAGCACAAGAGACGACAAAACAAUGACAACAAGGAGGAGCGUGCAAAGAAAGCGGACGAGGAAGGCUGCAAGGAGUUCAGGGAGCAUGACGCCAAGCGCGAGCUGGAGAAGGAGCAUCAGCAGAGAGAGAGAGAGCGCAUGAGGCGGCAGGAACGACGCAGGAGGAGGGAGAGGCACGACGGCGAGAACGUCGGUAGGAAGUGGGCGGAGGAGGAGGGGCCGGCGAAGAAGGAGAGGGAGCGGCCACCGGACAAGAAACGGGCUGACAACGCGUCAGAAUCUGACAAGAUGGAGAAGACGCCCAAAGACAACAAGAAGGACGACAGUGCCAAACGAGAACGGCUACGGAAUAAAGAUCGUCCUGCUAUCCAGCUGUACCAGCCUGGAGCAAGAAGCCGCAAUCGCCCAGCAGGAGGAGGAGGUGACGAUACCAGCUCGAUGGACAGGAAGCCAGAAACCGAAACAAAGAAAAAUGGCUGACAAGGGUGAUGAUUGAGCAGAUUUCUGCUGAGGGCUUCUUUUUAGUUUGGUGGAGGAGAAUGCAGCCAGCCAAACUUGGAGUAGCUUGUCGCCUCAAGGCCUGCUCUCCCAUGUUUUAGGCCCACUUGUGUUUCACGGUUGAGCCUGGCAGUGGCUCAAAGUAACCGUCUUUAUUUUCACUCCUCAGGAAAGGUAAGAGUUUGGCUAUAAGGCACAGAAAAACCCAAAGUGACCUUACUUUUUGUCACUAUUGGUGCAAACAUUAAAUUUUUACUUUUACUCACACAAAUCUUCCAUCUAAACAGCAUUGACAAGCUUAUAAAUGACAUUCAUGGAUGUGGAAUAAACACAGCUCUUGUUACAA